AUGCCAGGCAACUUGCCAUUGGAAAUCCAAACGGAAAUCAUGAGAAGGCUUCCUGUCAAAUCAUUGAUUCGAUUCCGCUCUGUCUCUAAAGCAUGGAAAUCUCUCAUCGAUAGCACUCAUUUCAUUGCUCAUUAUAACGGCCAGAUGCAACAUCUACUUGUAAGGUAUAAUGUUGGUUCAGUUGGGUUUCAAAAACAUGUUUCAAUUGUUGAUGAUCAUACUUUCCCACAACAGAGAGUUUCCCUCACUCUUCCCCUCUUGGUUAACAUGUUUAAAUUUCAUCGAAUAAUCGGCAGCUCUCAUGGCUUGUUGUGUUUGUACGGUUACUAUCGUCGGGGUUGUAAUUUUUCUGUCCCUGGAAAGCACAUGGUUGUUCUUUGGAAUAUUUCAAUUAGAAAAGCGGUUGCUGUAGUUGAGCCGGAUGUGGAAGAUGGGAUACGUACAACUAUUAUAGGUUUUGGGGUUUGUCGUGAGACUACAGACCCUAAGAUUGUCAAGAUUAAACAUGUUUAUGCAUGGAACCAUAUGGAAAGUAUACCUUGUGUCCCUUGGCAAGUAGAGGUUUUUACCUUAAGCACAGGGGCUUGGAGAAGUCCUAACAACAAUCCCCCUCGUAAAUCAAUUGAAUUUAUCGGUUCCCAGGUGGUUGUAGAUGGGUUUCUUUAUUGGCUUGCUACUGAUACGGUUACCAUAGAUGGUGGAUUCAGAUCUUAUAAUUUGAUUAUUUUAUUUGAUAUGACAAGUGAAGAAUUUAUAGAAAUCAACCUUCCAGAUAGCUUAGCACACCACUCUGUUUGGAAUUUGUCAAUUUCUAAGCUAAGAGAGUCUCUUGUUGUGGUUAAACAACGUGUAGAGGCCGAUAAUCUUGUUUUUGGUGUAUGGAUGAUGGAGGGUAGUGUUCCAAAUUCGUUUACAAUGCUAUUUAAUUUGAAUGUCAACGCACCGGAUGCAUCAGUAAGGGGAUUUAGGAAGACAGGCGAACCCAUAAUUGAAUUGGUAGAAGAUCUUGGGAUUUACAAACUUGUUGUUUAUGAGCCACACUCAAAACACAUCAAUAUUCUCGGGUUUGAUGGAACAAAGAUUUCAUUUAAUGUGUAUUCCUACAUGGAAACAUUACUUUUGGUUGAUCAGCCCGAUCUAACUAUUUAUAACAAAGAAAUGACUAGGAGAGCAUUUAGAACUGCUGUGAGGCUUCUCGGGUUGAAAAAUAUCAUUGAUUUUACAUCAAAUCUCUCUGCAAUCUUAGAAGAUAAUAAGAUCGAAGAUGAUAAUGUGAAUGUGGGCUGA